AAAUAAAAAACAUCAUCUUGUCAAAAAAAAAAAAAAACAUCACAAUACUCUGCUCUAGCUAGCUAGCUAUAGCUCAAUUCUAUUUUCCAAUGGAGGAUUCAUCAUGGGAAUAUUUUCAUCUUCACACGGAAAUGGAAUGCGGUGAUGAUUAUUUCAUGGAAAAGUACAACGCCGUUAACAUUGACGGUGACGAUUUUCUUAGAGAGAUUCUGUUACAGACACCAGAACAAAGUUUAAUGAAUUCAGAAAGUGAAAACGGUUCUGUUACUGUUAACGUUAACGGCGAUGUUGACGUUGCUGGAAACAUGGUUAAAAGUAACAGUUCAAAUUCAAUCGUGUCUCAAAAACAAGAACAACAACAACGUUUGAAAUCGAAAAAGGUUGAUGUUCCUCGUAGAAGUUCUUCGCCAACGACAUACAUUUUGUCUUUUGAUAAUUCAACUAUGGUACCAGCAACACCAGAACCUUGUGUUAAUUUGGAAGGUGGUAAACGCGAUUAUUGUUCUAAAUCUGAUUAUUCUAAGAAGAAUAAACAGAGUAGUGAAAUUAAGAAAACAAAUACUAAAAAUCAAGGGGUGAAGAAAGCAAGAAGCGGUACUCAGUGUGUUGAUCAUGUAAUUGCAGAGAGAAAAAGGAGACAACAAUUGACUGAGAGAUUCAUUGCACUUUCAGCCACCAUUCCUGGCUUGAGCAAGACAGACAAAGCUUCAAUACUCCGUUCAGCAAUUGAUUAUGUAAAACAACUUCAAGAACGUGUUCAUGAGCUAGAAGAGAAACAAGACAAAAAUGUUGGUCUCACAUCAUCGGUGAUGGUCCUCAACAAAAUUAAUUCAUGUGGAAUUAAUAAUAAUAUUGAAGGCACAAAUUCUCGUGACACAAGUUGUGAUGGUGAUUGUAGCAACAUUUUCCCAGAGAUUGAAGUAAGAGUUAUGGGAAAGGAAGUGCUUAUUGAAAUUCAUUGUGAGAAACAAAGUGGAAUUGAGCUCAAAUUACUUGAUCACAUUGAAAAUCUUCAACUCUUUGUCACUGGUAACAGUGUCUUGCCUUUUGGAAAAUCUGCUAUUUCCAUUACUAUUAUAGCUCAGAUGGGUGAUGGAUACAAAGUGAAAGUGCAUGAUCUGGUGAAAAGCAUUAGGAAUCAAGUUUGUUGGAAGCUUCUUUCCACGUGCUAGAUUCAUCAAGACUUUAGGCAUGAUACGGUUUGAAAAGGCUUGGUACGUAGAUGCUUCAUGUUGACGAUAGUAGUCGUUCGUCGUGCCAAUUGUUUCGCCGGUUUUGGUGUUUCUUGGGCUUGUGGUGUCCAACCUCGUUGAUGGAUCAUCUCUCGAUUUGGCUUUUGAUUGGGUAUGAGUUGCUUUCAACAUGACAUGAUUCGUCAGAGAUUGAUAAAAUCUAUCUCAAUAUUUGUAUCCUUCAUGGAUCUUAGACUGUUUAGCUUGAAAAAGUCAUAUCGCUUGCUGCUUGCUGCAGGGAUCGAGUAGCGGGUACGUGGACCGUUUCCGUGUUGACGGUCGGUUCAUUCGCGCUCCGAAAUAUUUUAGGACUUCUAUCCUGUUUAGACUAGAAGUUGUUAUCUUUUUGUCCUACGCGCUUUUGUCAUAAAACACUAGAUUUCACGCUGUGUAGAGCACUUUAAGUAUCUGGUGAUAAGUGUCAAAUUUACGUAAGUAAUUUUUCCAAAUUAUUGUAAAUAUUAGUUAUUUUUCCAAAUUAUUGUAAAUAUUAGUUAUUUGUCUUAAGCUA